AUGUGUCGCCCGAUGGAAGCCUCGGUGCCCCUCGUUGGCAGCUUUAGCCGCCUCCAGCAGGGGUACGCCAACCAAGGCAACAUGUACCAGACGUCAAUGGCCAAGCCCAUGAUGCACCACCAUGAGAUGGUGCCACCCUUUAUGAUGAUGAACAACCAUGCGCCCAAGUACGAGCUCUCGACCAAGCCCGAGCCGCUCAUGGAGUCGCUCGCGCCUGCGUCGAUGGAAGAUGUGGACGUCGGCAGCUUCGACGACCUCCUCGACUGCGCGAUUCUCGACGACGACAAGGACGACGUCGACUUUAACGUCGAAGAGGACUUUGACAACAGCGAAAUGUCGAUUCUGUACUCGUUCUUGAUGGACAAGGCCGACGAGAUGCCCGAGAAGCUCCGCGCCAACUCGCUCGACGGCACGGACGACGGCGUCAUGACGCUCAACCUCCUCGACUCGUCGCCGCUCGAUACGCUCCUCGACAUGACGUCCGAAGAAGAGUGCGACCUCUCGGAGAUCGAGCUCAAGCCGCCGUCCGAGUUCAUGCACCAGCAGGCGCCGCUCGACCUCCUCAACGACUUGCACGACUCGCACCCGUCGUCCAAGAGCCGCCGCCUCUGCAAGAUGGACGGCUGUGAAAAGCGGUCGCGCUCGCACGGCCUCUGCAUCGCCCACGGCGGUG